AUGUCGAUGGCCAUCGAGCUGGGCCUCGUGUGGACUCUCUACGUCACCCGCGACCUCCCCCUCGUCGCCGCGGGCCUCGCAGGCGCCACCAACGCCUUCAUCCUCUACCUCGCCCUCAUGGGAUCUGGCGGCACCCAGCUGGGCUCGUCUGAUCUCUUCGCCUGGCUCAUCUAUGGGCCGCUCCUGGUCUUCUUCGUCUGCGGCGGCCGCAGCGGCCUCUACGCCACUGCCGCCGUAGCGCUCCAGUCCAUCAUCUUCUCCACUUCCUUCUUCUCCACCGCAGCCCAGCUCCACUCGAGCCUUGGUCCGGUGCUCAAGGUGGUGAGCAACGUGACGGCCCUGGUGUGCAUCGGCGCACUGGCCUACGCCGGCGAGCGGACCCGCGCCCGGGCGCACCGACGCCUGCGCGCUGUCUUUGCCCGCUGCGAGGAGGCCCACGACAAGCUGCGCGAUGCCAGCGAAGCCAAGCAGAAGUUCCUGGCUAACAUGUCGCACGAAUUGCGGACCCCGUUGCAUGGCAUCACCGCCACGGCGCUGGAGCUGCUCGAUACGCUGUCGCCGCUCGACAAGGCCGCCCGUGAGUGCUGCCAGCUGAUCGCCGAGUGCGGCCGCCUCAUGCGCUCGCUCAUCGAAGACAUCCUCGACUUUGACCAGCUCGAGUCCAACCGCCUGCUGCUCGACAAGCUGCCCUUCGACGUCGUCCACGAGGUGGAGCGCGCCGUGCGCGUGCUCGCCGGCGCCGCGGCCAAGAAGAAGAUCGAGCUCGACACCUCGACGGCCGACGUGGCCCACCCGUCGCACGUCGGCGACCCGCUGCGCUUCCGGCAGAUCGUGUUUAACCUUCUGUCCAACGCGAUCAAGUUCACGCCUGACGGCGGCCGCAUCCGCGUGUCGGUGGCCAACUCCGAUGCCAACCCCGAGGAGGUCAACGUGGAGGUGGCCGACAACGGCAUCGGCAUCGGUCCCGACCACCUGCCUCACCUCUUCAUCGGCUUCUCGCAGGAGGACAACUCGGCGCGAAGGCGCAACGGAGGCACGGGCCUCGGGCUGGCCAUCAGCAAGAAGCUGUGCGACGCCAUGGGCGGCACGAUCGCGUUGCCGCUCGGAUCCCGGCAAGGGCUCGACCUUCCACUUCACGGUCCGGCCACCGCAGCCACGGCGUCGGUGGAGCCCACUACCGUCGACGCUGAGCAGCCCGCCGCGACCCAGGAGCCCACCGCCGUCGCCGCCGAGGCUUCGCAGUCUCCGGCCGGCUCGGCGCCCGGCUCGCCCGUGAGCCCGACCAGGCCGCAGACCACAGGCCUGCGCUCGUCGACCUUCAUCCCCUCGCCGCUGACCGUCGCGCCGGCCAAGUCCCCCAUCGCCGACUCGAGCCUCCACGGCGUGCGCGUCCUGCUCGUGGAGGACAACCUGGUCAACCAGAAGGUGGGCGUGCGCAUGCUGGCCUCGCUCGGCUGCAGCGUGCAGGUGGCGGUCGACGGCGAGGAGUGUCUGCGCAUUCUCGCGGCGGCCGACCGUGACGACGACGACACCGACGACCGCGGCUUCGACGUGGUGCUGAUGGACUGCCAGAUGCCGGUCAUGGACGGGUUCCAGGCCACACAGCGCAUCCGCGAGCGCGAGCACAAGCUGACUCCGACCAGGCGGCCGCUGCCAGUGAUAGCACUGACGGCGUCGGCCACGAAGGAGUACCGCGAGCAGUGCUUCCUUAGCGGCAUGAACGACUGGCUGGCCAAGCCCUUCACCAAGGCCAACCUGGCCCACAUGCUCCGCAAGUGGGUCCGACCCACGCACGACUCCAACACCGCCAACAACAGCAGCGACUUCAACAACGCGGCCAGCGGUCUCGCCGCCAACGCCAUCACUUGCACAUAA